AUGGUAUUCAACACCUCCAAGAAGAAAGGUAUAUACACCAUGCAGCCUGGACCGGUUAGUGAUGAGGUCCUAUAUGACCAGCCUCGACACCGUUCACAUGUUAUAUCCUUUAUAGAGAGAGGCUCAGAUAUUAUUAUGGUUGAUCAUAGCCUCGGCCAUAGCCGUUGGCAUCUAGAGGAUGAGCGCAUAAUAGCAGCUGUAGGACAGGCCGACUUCUUGACUUGUUCAAAUCUUCGUUGGAUGAGGCUCGAUUGGCCCUUACUAACCGCUUUGAUAGAUAGGUGGAGGCCGGAGACCAAUGCUUUCCACUUCCGAAUGGGAGAGUCUACCAUUACGCUACAGGAUGUAGCUGGUCUCCGCAUAGAUGGUCCUUGCGUUACUGGCAGUGAUAGACAUUUUUGGCCGGACAAGUGUGAGGAGUUGUUAGGUGUAGCUCUAGAGUCAAUGCCUGGAGGAAAUAUUAAAUUGAAGUGGCUAAAAGAGACCUUCUCGGCACCGUUGCCUUUUGAUGCGCCACCAAUAUUGAUUGAGCAACAUGCACGUGCAUACAUUAUGCACAUGAUCAGUUCAAUAUUAUUUCCAGAUUCGAGUAAAGAUAAAGUGCAUGCCAGGUGGUUACCACUUAUCGGGCAUUUGGACACGUGUGGUGCGUUAUCUUGUGGUAGUGCAGUUUUGGCGUACCUAUAUAGAGAGAUGUCCAAAGUUGCAUUCAUGAAAAAUAGUGACUUUAAAGGGUGUCUCAGCUUACUGCAAGUAUGGGCAUGA